AUGGUCCGCUCCUCUAUCGAUCCCAUCCGCCCUGGCGCAUCCUUGAUCCUUGCCUGGCAGAUUAAACAAAAACACGUCGUCAUCAUCGGAGGAGGCUUCGUCGCCGCCGGCCGCUUGGUGAACGUUCUGGAGGCAGAUGCAAAGGUGACAGUGAUCUGUCCCGAUAACGAGGAACUGUCAGAGACGGUCCGUCAGCAUCUUGAGGAUCACUCACAGACAACUCGCCUUGUGCCUCGGGAAUUCCAGGACUCAGAUCUGACUACACCCUUCGGAGAACACAUGUUUACAAAAGUAUCACCCGAAGCGUCAUCAACUCUCACACAGGAGGGAUAUCCCUCAGCAACUGCAACAACAACCCUCGAGUCGACGCUCUCACAGGACGAACCCCUUGACGACGUCGUCUCCGGACCUGCGGUCGAUAUGGUUCUCUCGGCAAUUGAUGACAUCCCUCUCUCAACACACAUCUACAACCUCUGCAAGCGACUCCGGAUCCCAGUCAACAUUGCCGAUGUCCCUCCCCAGUGCGACUUCUACUUUUGCUCGACCCAUCGAGACCAGAGCCUGCAGGUUGCUGUCUCGACCUCCGGAAAGGGUCCCAAGUUGGCCAACCUCGUACGCCGUCAUAUUGCAGAUCACUUGCCCAAUCGAGUUGGUGAGGCGAUUGAGCAGGUCGGUAUCCUCCGUGCCAAGUUGAGAAAGAUGGCACCGGGUCCUGAGGUCGGUCCCAAGAGGAUGGGGUGGAUGAGCCGGGUCUGUGAGCAGUGGAGGAUGGAGGAUCUUGCUACGCUAGAGGAGAAGAGUAUGGAGAUUGUGUUGAGUGGGUUCAAGGACAAUGUUGUCUUCUCCUACGAUCAGGUCCAGGCGAAAAUUGCAGAUGCUGAAUCGACGGAGGCGGAGACUGAAAAAAUCGAGUCCAAGGUCACCACUGCAGGCGAGCUCACUGCGGAGCACACCAUCACAAAAGACACCCCCACACAAAAGACUCCAAGACUGGUUCUCGUCGGCGCAGGCCCUGGCGAUCCCGAGCUGUUGACUCUCAAGGCUGCAAGACUGCUGGAGGAGGCCGACUUGGUGGUGGCCGACAGAUUGAUCCCUAUGGAGGUCAUCGAUCUCGCAAAGGGUGAGGUCCGCAUCGCCCCCAAGAAGCGCACUGUCCUCGUCGUCGAACAGAAAUCCUCCACUGCCGACCAAGAGACCCUCUCCACCGCUAUCACAUCUGAUAACAUUCAGGAUCAACUCAACGAAUGGUGCCUCCAGGGCCUGCGGGAGGGCAAGACUGUUGUCCGACUCAAGCAAGGAGACCCCUUCAUUUUCGGUCGUGGCGCAGAGGAGAUCCUCUUCUUCCGCGAGCAUGGAUUCGAUGCCGAGGUGGUCCCCGGAAUCUCCUCCGCCCUUUCAGCCGCACUCUCUGCCAACGUUCCUCUGACCCACCGCGGAUCGUCGAACCAAGUCGUCAUCACUACAGCUCAGGUCAAGGGCGGACGUCUCUCAGACAACUUCCCCGUCUACGAUGCCCAAAAGACAGUCGUGGUCUUGAUGGGCGUGGGGAAGGCCAAGGAAAUCUCCGAGAUGAUGCAGACGGAUCUGGGUUGGCCUGCCAAUGUACCCGCAGUGAUUGUCGAGAAUGCCCAUUGCGCCAACGAGAGAGCCAUGGAUGCGACGCUGAGCACCCUGGCACAGGUGGUCGAAGAACAAAAGGCGGUCCCUCCAUCUGUCUUUGUCAUCGGAUGGGCCGGAUCUGUCCUUCGUCAAGCUUAG